GUACAUAUUCUCUAUAUGCGUUGUGAGCGUGUCUCUAGAUAUGAAAGGACCUAUUUUCUCUCCGGUCCGCAUCGUUCACUGUGACGCCAGUUUGUUGGGUACAUUGGUCCAAUCAGUUUCAGAGGGUUGUUGAUUCAACUUAACGAAGGUUUUUGGAGGCGGCAGCUUGUUAUGCUUUUGAAUAGUUUUGCAUUAUACAUGAACAGGGUGGACAAAAUAAUAGAACCGACUCUCAGCAUAAUGCAUCAGACUUUAACAGCAGCACAAGCUGCAGCCUCCGGAGUCCCCAUGAAUCAGCAUCUCUCUGAAACAGUGGAGACAAAGUGAAGAUGUAGCCUUCAUGGAGGAUGUGCUGCAGCUCUGUUUGUUCGUUAGUUAGCUAUUCCUACUAAACUGGCAGCGCAUUUGUAUACGUUUAUGAUUUAUUAUCCACAAUAAGUGCGACCUUCAGACGCCUCGUGGAAUGAGUACCUGACGUAGUUUCACUCUGUCAGGUACAAUAAACUAGCUCAGGAGUGGACCACGAAGUAUGCCUUGCUCUAGGAUACAUCAAAAUGGCAAAAGACUGGACACACAAGUACGCGAUGUGAUGCGUCAUCUGGAGAGCUGGUGGAAACGUUGUUGCUGGUUCAGACCAAACAAACAAGGGAUUCUUUUUCACCUUUUCUUUUCUCUUUUUGGUUAAUCAGCAUUUUUACCCCUUUUUCUUUUUCCACCUGCGCGCUUAUAAGAAGAUAGUGUUUCCUCUCCAGGACACGAGCCAGUUCUCUGAGGUUUAAAUAAGAGUCACCGCCGGGUGAUAACGUUCACUCUGCUCACGCCUCCUGAGCCCCGUCAGCCCCGUGACCAUUAAUAAUGACUUUCACUCUAAGCUGGAUUCUCAAAGCACUUACAGAAAAGCCGGUCUUUUGCCAUACCUGUCAACUCUGAGUUUUAAAAGGUUUAAAUUAGGUUAUUAUCUGAAAGCGGUAAAGAGCUGAUCUGGUUGGUGGCUCUGGUGUGACGUCAGUCUGAUCUUCUGAUCUUUAGUGUAGGAAUCUAUUACCCGAGGAGGACGUAUCUUAUUCCACUCUCAGUGUGUACAGAGAAGCACAGCAGUAUAUCUCUAUGUUAAGGAAAAUAUAAGAACUUCAAUGUUGUAUUUUAUGCAUGUUAAUAAAGGUAGGCUAUUAUAUCUGAUAUGUUUCUGCAGAUGUCGAUUGUAAGGCCGAACAGAUGAGGUUCCCUCGGAGGCGGUCUAUUUCUGUUAUUUAGAAGCCGGUAGACGAGCUGUUAGCUUUACGCCCAAUCGAACACUGUCUUCUUGUAGCCAUAAAAUAUGGAGGCAAAGCAAAUGGUUGAUAAUCAACUUGUGGCUCUGUUUCUGUUUUUAGUUUCCCUUCAAUAAAGUUACUUAAAUCAUAAGUGUCGGCUGUGUUUAUUUGUUUAAAUACAGCACACAGUAUAGAGUUUAUAUCCUUGAUUCAUCCUCUUAAUAAGCCUCUUGAUCAUAAAGAGGUAAAUUAGUUUAUUUGUAUUUGCGCUCAGUUAAACUGCCAUAUAUAUUUGACAAAAUAAUUUCAGUGUGUCACGGUGACUCAAAUAAUUCACAGAUACGUCAACACCCACCAAGUACACGAUGAGUACUUUAGUAACUAAAGUAUGUUUUGAAGCCAAUAGUAUUUUAACACGAUUGCAUUCUUUCACUUAAGUUUAAACUUCUGAAUACUUCUUCCAUCACAAGACACAUAAUGCAAAAGUAUGCUUCUAGGUAUUCAAAAAUGUAUAACAAUAUCAAUAACAGUGUUUAUAGUGUGUGUGGUAUAAAAAUACAAUUAACUUUACUUUAGUAACUAAUACUUCUACUUGAUUUUUUAAUACUAUUUAUUACUACAAGACUACUUUAUUUAUUCUUUAUCAUUUUGAUUCCACGCACAAACAUGUUCUUUUUAUUAUGUAUUUAUGCGUAUACUGAUCACAUGACUGUCACGAGGAGGGUCACGUGACAAACUAGGAAGAGGCUGUUCAGAGAACCACAACAAAACUCUGAUAGUCCAUUUAAAGUAGUAUUCCCGUGACGUACCGUGUCAUAUAUACAAAGCAACAAUAUGAGUCUGUUUGUACGCGGUGUUUGUGUUUUCUUGUGUUUGUUUCUGGGAGUUUUCUCGGUGUUUUGUUCAGUGACUCGGAGUCUGGACGGUAAAUGGAGUCUCUCAAACUCCGACGGGUCAGUGUCGCUGCCCGCUGAGGUUCCCGGAUGUGUUCAUUCAGCUCUACAGCAGCAGGGAUACAUCCAGGACCCGUACUUCAGGUUUAACGACGUGUCUUAUCGGUGGAUCGCCUUCGAUAACUGGACAUACACGACAACGUUCACCGGCUCCAGCCAGCUGAGAGCCAAUCAGAAGGUGCUGCUCGUCUUCGACGGCAUUGACACCGCAGCAUCCGUUUGGCUCAACGGAAUCGUCGUCGGGAAGACGGACAACAUGUUUCGUAGAUAUGACUUCCCGGUCAGAGACUUGCUGAAGGACGGGGAUAAUGUGCUGAACGUGAGAUUGUUGUCUCCGGUUCUCUACGCGUCUGAGCGGAGGAAAGCUCAUUCUGCCUACAGGGUUCCUCCUGAAUGUCCUCCACAUGUCCAGCAGGGGGAAUGUCACGUCAACUUCAUCAGGAAGGUAAGAACGUGCCACUACGCUUUACCGCUCAUCUGGAACAAACACCUGAGUCUAAUCACAAACAUCUGUUUAUACCAGUGGUGGGCCUGCAAGGCCUUCUAUGCUGGCUUAAACAGAAUCACAAAGUUAUAG